AUACCGACCCAAAAUACCUGCACAGUGGAUCUAUUUUACACCUGCAUGGGGAAAACAUAAUAUUCUAAAAUCCUUUGUCUGUGCUGGAAGCGAACUGGCCUUUGGAAUGGAACUUAAUUUGUCUAAGAAUGUAAUCUCUUGCGGGGAUCCAGGUGGAAUGAAUUUGGACAGAAUCCCUGAGACCGCGAGACCCCAGCCGACGCGCGACAUGGCUUCUACCUUUCACGUGCCGAGAACCUCGAGCAGCACGCGAGAAACAUUAGAAAAUUCAAGCAGCGAAUCAUCCGAUACCGAAAUAGCAGAAAAGGAAAGGAGUGCGGAACACCGAAGUGACGAUGGAAACGCCGACGACCCCAAAAAGAAAAAACAGCGGCGACAGCGCACGCACUUCACCAGCCAGCAGCUGCAGGAGCUCGAGGCCACGUUCCAGCGCAACCGCUAUCCCGACAUGAGCACGCGGGAGGAAAUCGCUGUGUGGACCAACCUCACGGAGGCCAGAGUGAGGGUGUGGUUUAAAAAUCGCAGGGCCAAAUGGAGGAAGCGCGAGCGCAAUCAGCAAAUGGACUUGUGCAAGAACAGCUACCUGCCCCAGUUCAGCGGUCUGAUGCAGCCGUACGACGACAUGUACCCGGCCUACACUUACAACAACUGGACCAACAAGGGACUGACCCCGGCGCCGCUGUCGACCAAGAACUUCACUUUCUUCAACUCAAUGAGCCCGCUCACCUCCCAGUCCAUGUUCUCCGCCCCGAACUCCAUCUCCUCCAUGACCAUGGCGUCAAGCAUGGGGCAUAGCGCAGUGCCGGGCAUGCCCGCCGCCGGCUUGAACAACAUCAGCAACCUUAACGGUAUAAGCAGCUCUUCAAUCAAUUCGGCUAUGUCCCCGUCCACCUGUCCCUACGGACCUCCAGGCGGCCCUUACAGUGUAUACAGGGACACUUGCAACUCAAGCCUCGCGACCCUCAGACUGAAAUCAAAGCAGCACCCGACGUUCGGAUACAGUGGGUUGCAAAGUCCUGGCUCGAGCUUAAACGCCUGUCAGUACAACAGUUGACGAACUAGUCAAUAAUUUUUUUUUUUUUUUUUUUGGGACAUGGACUUGCGAAUGGUGCAAAAAAACAAAUUAAGAAUAAAAAGCUACUACAACAACAACAACAACAACAACAAAACAAAAACAACUAAACAAAACUGGAUUAGUUGCAAUCAUGUUCAAAUGGAUUAUGCGGGUUGUUUGUGUUUACGUAUGCACAGUAAUUACUUGCACAACAAUUUAAGUAUCCAUGUUUUUUUGGAUUUCGCGGUGAAGACAUUCUGAGUCGCUGCAACUUUGUACAUAAGAAACAUACAAAGGAACAAUCGCUCAUUUUCGCUUGUUUGCUUUGAAGACUAUUUGAAAGUUACUUUGGUUGUUGGUUCGGGCGAAAUUAAUGAAACUGACCGAAAAUUUAAUGGGAUUUAAGACAGCGGCAAAAGAGAUUUCUGAUAGGUCUAGUUAUAUGUAAACCUUUAUACUGCUCCUGUGUGAUUUUACCGUAAGCCCUAAGUUCACAAAAGCAAGCGUCUUGUAUUAGUAGAACAAACUGUCAUUUUUUUACGCUGGACUUUGGAGUAUUUUGUUUGUUGUUUGUUUGUUCGUUCGUUCGUGUUUGUUUGAUUGUUCGUUUGCUUAUAUUAGAGAAACCGCAUGCUUUAUGAGUGCAAAUUGUUUUGUUAAAAUGAUAUUAAUCUAAAUGAAACGAACUAAGCAAGUUAAUUAUACUGUAUAUGAAAGGUGAUUGGAAAAUAUCUGCAUGUGUUUAUGGUCAUUUGUUUAAAUAAACUACAGCAGGUUAA